UAUGUUUGAUUGAUCCGCGUCCAUUCCCUCUUUAGGUAAUUUUAACUUUCCGUUUGGUACAGACCACUCACACAUGCUUUCCCUGACAUGUGCUUAAGUCAGACACACUGAAAACUUCCACGUAACACCACGGACUUGAAGUUCCCCACACAGGAGAGCUUGAACUUUCUCCAGAGCAUCUCAAAAGAGCAGUGACGACCGGCUACUCCAGGCCCCGCUCUUCGCGGAGGGACACUCGGCGGGCCGCCCUCCGCAGCCGGAGGAAGGGGCGAGGCGUCGCGGGAACUCCCGCGUGACGCCACCGGGCGGUGGGCGGGGCGGGCCCAGCCGCCUCAACUCCCGGCCGGCGGUGCUGGCGCCCUCCCCCACCUGCGGAAAGCGCGGGCUGUCCCGAGGGGCCGGCUUUCCUGCCCCGGGCUUGGCAGAUUAGUGAGGGAUAGAGGAGUAAAGGGCAGUCGUCUCUUCACCGCCCGGAGCGUGCCCGCUUCCCUUCUGGGGCUCGCGCGGAUCACGAGGCAAUCUGCGGAGCUGUGGUAUUUCAACUGUCCAAAUACAACUUCAUACCUAUACAAUGUAACAGAAAAGAUCAGAAAACAUUAGGCAAAUAGGAGUGUGGAGCAUAUAUUAAGCAAGAUGAACAUCUCUGGAAACAGUUGUGGAAGCCCUAGUUCUGCAGAUGUAUGUAAUGACUUUAAGGAACUUUGGACAAAAUUAAAGGAGUAUCAUGAUAAAGAAGUACAAGGUUUACAAGUAAAAGUAACCAAACUGAAAAAGGAGCGAAUUUUAGAUGCACAGAGACUAGAAGAAUUCUUCACCAAAAAUCAACAGCUGAGAGAGCAACAGAAAGUCCUUCAUGAAACCAUCAAAGUUUUAGAAGAUCGAUUAAGAGCAGGAUUAUGUGAUCGCUGUGCAGUAACUGAAGAACAUAUGCGGAAAAAACAGCAAGAGUUUGAAAAUAUCCGGCAGCAGAAUCUUAAACUCAUCACAGAGCUUAUGAAUGAAAAGAAUACUUUACAGGAAGAAAAUAAAAAGCUUUCUGAACAGCUGCAGCAGAAAAUUGAGAAUGAUCAACAACAUCAAGCAGCUGAUCUUGAAUCUGAUGAGAAUGUUAUUCCAGAUUCACCAAUUACAGCCUUUUCAUUUUCUGGCGUCAGCCUACUACGAAGAAAGGAGAACCUCCAUGUACGAUACUUAGAACAAGCACAUGCUAAACCAGACCACUCCAUGUGUACAGAUGAAUUGAAAAAAGUUCCAAAGUCUUCAACUCAUCCACAGCAUAAACCUAAUGAAAAUGAAAUUCUAGUGGCUGACACUUGUGAUCAGAGUGAAUCUUCUAUGCCUAAAACACAUGGAAUGAACAGUUAUCCCACUGAUAAGUCAUCUUUUAAUUUAGUUACAGUUGUUGCUGAAACAAUUGGACUUAGUGUUCAAGAAGAAUCUAAAUCUCAAGGUCCCGUGAGCCCUCUUUGUGAUGAGCUCUAUCACUGUCUAGAAGGAGAUUACAAGAAACCACCUUUCGAAGAAUCUAGAAGAAAUAGUGAAGACAGUUUAAGGUUUUCAGAUUCUGAAUCAAAGACUCCUCCUCGAGAAGAAUUGACGACUCGGGUAUCAUCCCCUGUAUUUGGAGCUACCUCUAAUGUGAAAAGUAGUAUAGCUUUGAAUACAAGUUUGUCCCCUUCUCUUUUAGAGACUGGGAAAAAAAACCAUCUGAAAACACUGCCUUUCAACAACACAUCUAAUUCUAGAUCAGAGAAAACUAGAUCAAAAUCUGAAGAUAGUGCCCUUUUCACACAUCACAAUCUUGGGUCUGAAGUGAACAAGAUCAUUAGCCAGUCAUCUUCUAACAAGCAGAUGCUUAAAAAUAAAAAUGUAAGUGAAUCCAUAAGUGAACAGGAUAGUGUGGAUCACAUUAAAGAUGCUGUUACUGAUAGAGAGAGCCAUGUAGUAGCCCUGAAACCACUGGGAGGCAGACCAUCCAAAAGGAAAAUUGAGGAGGAAAGUGAAGAUGAAGUAAACUAUCCACAAGCCUCUUUUGAUAAAGAAAAUGCGUUUCCUUUUCUGCUGGAUAACCUUUCUUCCAUGAAUGGAGACCAUAUGAUGGAUAAACCUCUGGAUCUGUCUGAUCGAUUUUCAGCUGUUCAGCGUCAAGAGAAAAGCCAAGGAAGUGAGACCUCUAAAAUCAGAUUUAGGCAGGUGACUCUCACAGAGGCGUUGAAGCCCAUUCCAAAGGGCCCCUCCUCAAGCCAUAAGGCCCUGAGUGGGAGCUGUGUGUUAACCAGAGAUUCCCCAGAGGAGCCCUGUUUACAGGAGUGCAUCUUCCAGUCCUUGAGUAAAUCCUCUCCAGACAAUAAAACACCAUUACAAAUAAAGGAAGAAAAUCCUAUCUUUAAAAUCCCUCUACAUCCACAUGAAAGUUUGGAGACAGAGAGUCAUUUCAAGGACUUGAAGGGUACUGGUUCUCAUGAGCCAGUAAAAAUAACCAGGUCAGUCCGUGGAGCAUGUGAACUUGCAUCAGUUGUUCAGUUAAAUCCAUGUAGAAUUGCUAAAACAAAGUCUCUACAAAACAACCAAAAUGUAUCCUUUGAAAAUAUCCAGUGGAGUAUAGAUCCAGGAGCAGACCUUUCUCAGUAUAAAAUGGACAUUACAGUAAUAGAUACAAAGGAUGGCAGUCAGUCAAGAUUAGCAGGAGGAGAGACAGUGGACAUGGACUGUACGUUGGUUAGUGAAACUGUGCUUUUAAAAAUGAAGAAGCAAGAGCAGAAGGGAGAAAAAAGUCCACACGGAGAAAGAAAAUUGAAUGACAGCUUGGAAGAUAUGUUUGAUCGGACAACACAUGAAGAAUAUGAAUCCUGUUUGGCAGAUGGUUUCUUCCAAGUAGCAGAAGAAGAGGAAUUGUCAGCUACCACAAAGAUACCAAACACUCGUGGUGAUAAGCAAGAUAAAGUAAAACAGAAAGCAUUUGUGGAACCGUAUUUUAAAGAUGAUGAAAGAAAGACUAGCUUACAAAAUUUUCCUCAUAUUGAGGUAGUUCGGAAAAAAGAAGACAGACGAAAAUUGCUUGGACACACAUGUAAAGAAUGUGAAAUUUAUUAUGCAGAUAUUCCAGCAGAAGAAAGAGAAAAGAAGUUGGCUUCCUGCUCAAGACACCGAUUCCGCUACAUUCCACCCAACACACCAGAGAAUUUUUGGGAAGUUGGUUUUCCUUCCACUCAGACUUGUAUGGAAAGAGGUUACAUUAAGGAAGAUCUUGAUCCUUGUUCUCGUCCAAAAAGACGGCAGCCUUACAAUGCAAUGUUUUCUCCAAAGGGCAAGGAGCAGAAGACAUAGAUGCUGAAGCAAAAACAGGACAGACGACAAUUUUUUUCUUUUUAGUUAUUUAUAGAUAAAGUUAGUAUUAAACACUGAUUUUUUUUUAUCUUCUGUAAACUGAUUUAUAAAUCAUUUUUCUAUUGAGAAUGUUUUUAAAUGUCAUUUACCUACCACACAUAACAGUUAUUUAAAAAUGUAGAUGAGUUUAUGUUGUGUUUUCUCCCUUUUGCACCUUUAGAACAAUAAGGUGCUUUCAUUUUGCACUCUAACUUAAGAGUUAUUUACUUUAUUUGAUAACACUUAAUUACAAUUUUGAAAGUAAAGAUACUGUAGUCUGCAAUUUGUUGACUUUCAGAUCGUGUUUUUUUUUUUACUCCCAUCUUCCCUUGGUAUUUACAUUCACCAGUGACUUCAUAUUAAUCAUUACAAAGUUUCAUCCUUGUAAUCAAUUGCUCUUCUGAAGGUCAUUCCAGUGUCUGACAUUGAAGUCUUUUUUUUAAAAAAGGCUAAAGUUUAAUAGUCUCUUAACUUUCUAGCUUCUUUUUUUGUUGACUUGAAGUACUAUAGGGAAUUCUUCCAAGGUGACCACAAGUGUCAACCUUUUUCUUUCCCAAAAUAUAUAUAUACUAUAGGUUAAGGUCAUCUAACAUCAUCCUCUGAUCUGAUCAUAAUAUUCUAGGUCCUAACAUGUUUUCUUUUCAUCAUACUUUUUUUCUGGUGCUAUUUUCAAGCUGAAUUUUCUCUUUUCUGCCCAUGUGUUCAUAUUCAGUUGUAUUGUUUCUCUGGAUUGACUGAUGUUACGAUCUUCCAAUUUGACAACAAAAUAGGUUUCUCUAUAUAGCCACUUUCUGUUCCUCUAGGACCUAGUAGUGUCUGAGUCAUUAAGAUCAUUCAGAGUAAGAUGAUACAUUUGUGUGACCUUUAAUAGCAACAUUUUGUUCAUCAAUGUCUUUUGUAUAUUCUUUUAAUCCAUAUCUCAACAGUAUCACUACAUAAGCAGGAGCACAUGAGACACUGAAUGGAUGCCUCACCAAUGUCUAAAUAACCUUAUAGAUAUAAACUUCCUGGAGUUCCUAAAAAAUCUCUUUGCUUAGUCUCAUCUUCUGCAUUGGUCAGGGUUCUCAUGUGAAUAAAUGACAUCAGUUUGUGUUUUCACAGAGAGGAUGGAAAAAGAAACCAUAUACAGUGAAUAUCUACUAUAUGUCAGACCCCUUAUGUACAUGGUUUGGCUCUGAAUGUGAGUCUGAAUUUUAUCAGCUUCUAUUCAGUACUUCUAUUCCUUUCCAAAUUGUUUAUUCUGUGUUUGAUUUUUGUUCUCUGCUUUGCAGUCAGCUAAUCUCCCCAAAAUAAAAGAAGCAAUUCACUGGUU